UUGAUGGGGAAUUGGGGAUGGGCUCCAUUAAAUUUGUUGCCGUGAAACUCUGUUCUCCGAUUCGGCGUGGCCACGGCUCUCCGCACUCAUCGCAGGGAUCUAAUGUCGAAGAUCAAAUCCAGCACGCCGCCGCCGCUCCUCCUCGUGCUCCUGCUCCUCAACUUCCAUUUUCUUCACACUCCGGCGAUCGAACUCCUCUUCAAUGGCUUCAAGUCCAACGAUCUUAUCCUCUACGGAAACGCUUCUCUCGAACCCCAUCCUUCCUCAUCGGAUCUCGCCAGCAACAGUAGCGGCCGCAGGUACCUCUCCCUCACCACUUAUUCCAACUACUCUGUAGGCCGCGCGCUCCUCCCCUUUCCCGUCCGCACCAAAGACGCCAAUUCAUCCGCCGUCCUACCCUUCUCGACCUCGUUCCUCUUCUCCAUCGCUCCUGUUCCCUCGGUCUUUCCUGGCCACGGUCUCGCCUUUCUCUUAGCUCCCGCCGCUGGUACUUUCGGCGCCGUCGCUUCCCAGCACCUUGGUCUCUUCAACUUGACCUCGAACGGUGACGCCGCCGCCCGCGUCGUCGCCGUGGAGUUUGAUGUCUUUAAGAAUGAGGAGUUCCGUGACAUCAAUUCCAACCACGUCGGCGUCGAUCUCAACUCUCUCACCUCCGUAUCAGCCGCCGCUGCCGGUUACUGGCCAGAUGAAAACGGUGCUUCCUUCGUCGACCUGACGCUUAACGAUGGGACCAUCUACCAGGCCUGGGUGGACUAUGUCAGCGGGCGGCUUAAUGUCACCAUGGCUCCCGCCGCCCUCUGCCGAAAGCCGCUCCGCCCACUUAUAUCCGUCCAAAUGGACCUCUCCAACGUAUUCCUUGAUGAGAUGUACGUCGGUUUCUGUGCUUCAACAGGGAUGCUGGUGGAGCGCCACCGCAUCCUAGCUUGGAGCUUCAGCAACUCCAACUUCUCCGCCGGCGACGGUCUAAUCACCACGGAUCUCCCCAAUUUCCUCGAGCAGGCGAAUGCAAAAUCGAGAAAAGGCCUUAUUGUUGGCUUCAUUAUGGCAGCAAUCGUUCUUCUGUUUUCUUCAGUUGUGGCGGUAGGGUUGUGGAGGAAGUGGACUCAUCGGAAGAGAAAGCACAAACGAGUAAUUGAGGAAGAAGAAAGCGAGGACAAGAUCGAGGAGUGGGAAUUGGAGUAUUGGCCUCAUCGAAUUGGGUACCAAGAAAUCUACGCCGCCACUGAAGGUUUCUCCGAGAGCAACCUGAUCGGCCGCGGCGGCCACGGCGUUGUCUAUAAAGGGAUUCUCGGUGGCACCGAGGUCGCAGUGAAGCUCUUUUCCCAGACCAAUUCGGAGGAGGCCAAGUACUUCGCGGCGGAGGUAUCCAGCCUAGGCCGGCUUAAACAUCGGAAUCUGGUCGGCCUCCGCGGCUGGUGCCGCUCCCGGCGUGGCCGAGGGGCCACAAUGAUCUUGGUGUACGACUACAUGGAGAAUGGAAGCUUGGACCGCUGGAUCUUCGGAGGCGGGGAACAGCUGAAUUGGGUUUCGAGGGUGAGUAUCCUCCGGGACGUAGCGGAGGCACUGCUCUACCUGCACGAAGGAUGGGGCGAGUCUGUGGUGAUCCACCGCGACGUCAAGGCGAGCAACGUGAUGCUGGACGCCGGGAUGAUCGGGCGGCUGGGGGACUUCGGUCUGGCGCGAGCCCACCAGCGGGGCUGUGAGCUGGGCACCACUAGGGUGGUCGGCUCAGCAGGGUACCUAGCUCCGGAGGUGGUGCGCACCGGGCGCGCGACGGCAGCGACGGACGUUUAUGCCUUCGGGGUCAUGGUGCUCGAGGUGGUGACCGGGCGACCGGCGGCGGCGGAGGGUUUGCUGCCGUUAGUGUUUUGGGCACGGAAUGCUGCCGCUCGGGGGGCUGCUCCGGUGGACGCGAGAGCGAGGGCGUCGGAGGGGUACGACGAGAGGGAGGCGGCGCUGUUGGUGGCGGUGGCGCUGGCGUGCACGCGGGAUGACGCGGUGGAGAGGCCAACGACGAGGCAGUUGGUGCGGAUGUUGGAGGCGUGUGGGCAGGGCGAUGGAGGAUCGACCUCCGCUAGGCUGCUGGCGGUGGAAAACUUCGGAGAGGCGUGGGCUGCCUUUCCUGUUACCCCUCGGCAGCCCACGCCGGAGCUCCGGCAUCUCACGUUCCUGGAGCUGCAGCAAUCUUUGUCCUCGUCGUCCUCAUCAGCGGUCAACGCACCCGGCAGUCUCGUGGAUGACCUCUGAGCAUGACAGAUAGUGGUGGAUUUGUGGUUGGGUGGGGUUUUGUUUUAUUUUAUUUAUUGUAUUCACAUUUUAAAAUAUUAUAUUUUGU